AAUGGCUUGAUUAUCAUUCUCUUCCACCCAAACAGCGCCCUUCAUUUCUCGUCCUAUCGAGGCCCACUACGCCACCAAGUUCCCGAAGAAGAUAGACACUCUUAGUCUCACCAAGGAAACACUACUGUUUCGACCUUUUCACAGAAAAAAAUGGCAGCGAGAAUAAACCAGUCAAUUCAGAAUACUGUGUGGCUCUUAAACCCUUUACAUCGUCCAUUGAGUUCCAAAGUGAAGCCCCGUCUCCAUUUUCGCCGAAACCCCUUCUUAUCUUCUUCUUCUUCUGCAAAGAGAGCUUUGUCCUGCGCAAGCUUAAGCGCUGUGCAAGAUGGUGGCGAGCCCUUUGUUAUAACAACUCCGCUUUACUACGUGAAUGCCCCUCCCCACAUGGGCAGCGCAUACACCACCAUCGCCGCCGACGCCGUUGCCCGAUUUCAGAGGCUGUUAGGAAAGAAGGUUGUAUUCAUCACUGGGACAGAUGAGCAUGGGGAGAAAAUUGCCACUGCUGCAGCUGCACAGGGUUCCAACCCGAGUGAACAUUGCGAUGUCAUUUCACAAGCUUAUAAGAGUCUCUGGAAAGAUGUAGACAUUUCUUAUGAUAAGUUCAUUCGGACAACCGAUCCCAAGCAUGAAGCAAUAGUGAAGGAAUUUUACUCUCGGGUUCUUGCCAAUGGUGAUAUUUACCGGGCUGACUACGAAGGACUUUAUUGUGUCAAUUGUGAGGAGUACAAGGAUGAGAAAGAAUUGCUUGAUAACAACUGUUGCCCUAUGCACCUGAAGCCAUGUGUUCUGCGGAAAGAGGAUAAUUACUUCUUUGCUCUAUCAAAAUAUCAAAAAUUAUUAGAAGAAACUUUGACAGAGAAUCCAAAUUUUGUGCAGCCUUCAUUCCGUUUAAAUGAGGUGCAAAGCUGGAUCAAAAGUGGUCUAAGAGACUUUUCCAUUUCCCGAGCAUCAGUGGAUUGGGGCAUCCCAGUUCCUAAUGACAAAAAGCAAACCAUAUACGUGUGGUUUGAUGCUUUAUUAGGUUAUAUAUCAGCACUAUCUCAGGACAAGGGGCAAUCUAAUUUACAAAGUGCUGUUUCUUCAGGUUGGCCUGCGUCACUACACUUGAUUGGGAAGGAUAUUUUGCGCUUCCAUGCGGUUUACUGGCCAGCUAUGCUAAUGUCUGCAGGACUAAGCCUUCCUAAGAUGGUGUUUGGCCAUGGAUUUUUGACAAAGGAUGGCUUGAAGAUGGGGAAGUCACUAGGAAAUACACUUGAACCAAAUGAUCUGGUUCAUAAAUUUGGGCCUGAUGCAGUCAGGUACUUCUUUCUCAGGGAGGUGGAAUUUGGUAAUGAUGGGGACUAUUCAGAAGACCGUUUCAUCAAUAUUGUCAAUGCACAUCUUGCCAAUACAAUUGGAAAUCUUCUUAACCGUACUCUUGGACUUCUAAAAAAGAACUGCCAAUCAACUUUGGUGGUUGAUUCAAUUAUUGCAGCUAACGGAAAUCCAUUCCAGGACAGUGUGGAGAAGUUGGUUGAAAAAGCUCGGGUUAAUUAUGAAAAACUCUCAUUAUCAUCAGCUUGUGAGGCUAUUAUAGAGAUUGGGAAUGCUGGAAAUUCCUACAUGGAUGAACGUGCACCGUGGUCUCUCUUUAAGCAAGGGGGUGCUGCUUCUGAAGCAGCUGCAAAGGACCUUGUGAUUAUAUUGGAAGCAUUGAGGAUUAUAGCAAUUGCACUAUCCCCAGUUACACCAAGCUUAUGUUGGAGAAUAUAUGGACAGCUUGGCUUCUCAAAGGACCAGUUUGACACUGUAACAUGGAGUGAGACAAAGUGGGGAGGGCUAAAGGGUGGUCAGGUCAUGGCUCAACCAAAACCAGUCUUUGCGAGGAUUGAAAACCGAAUGGAAGAUGAAGAUGAGGGUGAAGCAGCUAAGAAGGAAGCGAAAAAUAAAGACAGGGUACCUCAGGCUCAAGGGGUUGCAGAGGCUUAGGGAAGAAUGCAUAAUUGCCUUUUCCUGACCACAGAUUUCUCUUUUUUAAAAAUAAAAAAUUAAAAAAUAAUUAAUUGUCGAUUGUAAGAGUUCUAUUACCUAUUUUUGGCAAUUAUUUUGAAAUAGAUUGAUUUUAGACAUCUCGAAUAAAUUGCUUCAGUACA